AAAAACUGCUUUUCAUCUCUGGCGCUACGAUCUACUCCGCAGGCCUUGAAAGUGGGCUAGCAAGACAGAAAGGCAGUAGCCUUCAGGCUCUCCUCUGCUAGCCUCAAUCGCGGAGUGGAUGCUCCUGGGUCCCCCAAGUUUCUAGCUGGCCCGCUGCUCGAGGCAGUGCCACCCUGCCACUGCCAGGGCGGUUCUGGGCGGCUGCAGACGCUGGGGAGCGUGAGGAAACAGCAGUCGGUUGGUGACUGAGCGGGUUUUGUGCCCCUACACGCCUGUAGCACCAGACUGGUUCAUGCUUGAGUCUGGCCCCGCACCCAAGGCGCACUUCUGGGUUUCCGGAUUCCCGGAAGUGUCGGGGAACGGUGCUGACCCACAUACACGUGGGUGGGCGGUGCCCUGGGAUGCGUGGUUAGGGUAGACUACUCCUUGUUCACCUAGGCUUCUGCUUCCUGUUUUGAUUCUUUCUCUCACCUGUUUAAUUGGAGGAGUAUUCUGGGCUUUGCAAAAGGAAUCUUAUUAAUGGAACCAUGAAUCGUGCGACAUUUAACCAAUCAGGAUCUGAACCAAUGAUGCUGGGUUCACCUACCUCUCCAAAGCCAGGAGUUAACGCUCAGUUUUUACCUGGAUUUUUAAUGGGGGAUUUGCCAGCUCCAGUGACUCCACAACCUCGAGCAAUUAGUGGCCCUUCGGUAGGAGUAAUGGAAAUGAGAUCACCUUUACUUGCAGGUGGGUCACCACCACAACCAGUUGUACCAGCUCAUAAAGAUAAGAGUGGAGCUCCACCAGUUAGAAGUAUAUAUGAUGACAUUUCCAGCCCAGGACUUGGAUCAACACCUUUAACGUCAAGAAGACAGACAAACAUUUCAGUACUGCAGAGUCCUCUUGUUGGAGUUACCACAGCUACUCCUGGAACAGGACAAAGUAUGUUUAGCCCAGCAAAUAUUGGUCAACCACGAAAGACUACAUUAUCUCCUGCCCAGUUGGAUCCUUUUUAUACUCAAGGAGAUUCUCUGACAUCAGAAGAUCACCUCGAUGACACUUGGGUGACUGUGUUCGGGUUUCCUCAAGCAUCUGCAUCGUAUAUAUUAUUGCAAUUUGCACAAUAUGGAAAUAUCUUAAAAAAUGUGAUGUCUAACACAGGAAAUUGGAUGCAUAUUCGUUAUCAAUCUAAACUACAGGCCCGGAAAGCUUUAAGUAAAGAUGGCAGGAUUUUUGGAGAGUCCAUCAUGAUUGGUGUAAAACCAUGUAUAGAUAAAAGUGUUAUGGAAAACAGUGACAGAUGUCCUUUAUCAUCUCCAUCUCUAGCCUUUACACCACCAAUCAAAACCUUAGGUACACCAACCCAACCUGGAAGUACUCCUAGGAUUUCUACCAUGAGACCUCUUGCUACAGCUUAUAAAGCUUCUACUAGUGACUAUCAGGUUGUUUCUGACAGACAAACACCAAAAAAGGAUGAAAGUCUUGUAUCCAAAGCAAUGGAGUACAUGUUCGGCUGGUAGUAUAAUAAAAACUAAGAACUGAAUUACAAAAAAGUAGGUUGCUACACUAAAACAGCAGAGCACUGCCAGUUUCCUUUGGUUAGUUAUAUAACCACUCCUGGCAGUAUUGGGAUGCUGUCUCAUACUUCUUUUAAAAGCCUUUUUCUUUAAGGAUACAGGAUAUUUGUAGCUCGCACUUUAAAGAUGCUUGAGAUACGUUUUUAAGAAACUAAAAAUCCCUGUAAAUAGGAUUUUGUGCUUUCUCUGAUAGUGCAUGCUUAAAUACAAAAAAACCAACAUGGAUUACAGUAAAUUAUAUGAUUGAGUUUGUUGUGAGGCUUCUUGGUCUUUAUGAGAAGGGAGAUGAAUUUCAUGAAGUGGAACUGUACAGCUGCCUCUACCAAGACACAAAGAUUAUAAUUAGCAGUUUGAAUUAUGGUCUUCUAAUAGCAUUGAAUAUUUUCAUUAUCCUUGCCUGUAUAUGUACUGUCAUGGAUUGUCAUCUUUUAGUGUUUUAAAAUCAGAACAGUCUUUUAAAAAAUUUACUAAAGUUUCUUGAUAAUAAACUUUUUGAAUUACAGGUAUUGAACUUUUUUUGAAAGAGUGAUUUAUUUUUUAAAUUACUACGAAAAGUUCUAAGUGUUUGUGGUUCCAUAUGUUUUUCCGUUCUUUGUAUUUUUUAAAUUGUUCGUAGAAUCCAGAGGCUUGAUCAGAGUCAGAUUUGAUCUCAUUGGCAAGAGUAUAGGUAAUAUAAAAUCCAUUAAUUCAUUGGGGCUUACAAAAGAGUGAUAAUCCAAUUUUAUUAUUUUCAUUUAAUUGAGUGUUUUUAUAAAAAAACACUUUCCCUUCUCUAGUAUUUGGUUGCCCAAAGGUUUAAUUCAUAUAAGAAAAACAAUACGUACUUAUUUACCAGUUUUCAAGAUAAGGAAUUGGUUCCAUAUCAUCCUUUGGUGGUAACUAAUAAAUUUAUUUCAUUAUGAACUCUUGGAAUUAAGCAUAUUUAAUGGUUUCAGUCUAUUAUAAUUAUUAAACAUACUGAAGCUCAAAGUGUCCUAUCUUUGGCUUCCAGGGCCUUUUAACUUGACCCUUGUAGCCUUUGAUCAUUUCUUCGCUGUUUUCUAUGAUAAGAUGUUCAAGGGUCAUCUUGUUAUAUUUUCUCUCCCAUACAAAAAGAUUAGCCAUUUCUCCUAUCUGGAUGUUUGGAAUUGCUCAUUGCUACUGAGUUGAUUGUUAUGUAUAAUAAAAUAUUUCAUGAGUUCAUACUGAUAGAAUUCAAAAUCAUGGUUGCAGUUUUUUCUCUUUUUUAAAUAAUCUCUUCAUUAUUACAUCCUUAUCUCCUAGAAUCUUGGUUUUUAAAGACACAGAUAACAGUAGAAUUAGAACAUACGCAUCUCACAUACACAUCAAUCUCAAAAUAACAAUACUAAUACUACUUCCAUCAAUAUAAUUGUUAAUAAAUGUUUUUUGCAGCUAUUCUUCACAUCUCCCUUCCCCCCAUCUUUAAUUGUACUCUAUCUACAUUGUCUGACCAUUUGACCAUUACAAUACUAUACUUUCUCCCUCUUAACUUUAUCUGUUCUUAUUUGUACAAGUAUAUGUUUAAUCUCAAACCAAAGCCAAGCCAAAUCCAUUGCCCUUGAGUUGAUUUCAACUAAUAGCAAUCCUAUGGGACAGAGUAGAACUGCCCCAUAUGGCUUCCAAGGCUGUAAUCUGUGCAGAAGCAGAUGACCACAUCUUUCUCCGGUGGAGCAGUUGGUGAGUUUGAAUCACUGACCUUUCAGUUAGCAGCCAGGUGCUUAGCUACUGUGCCACCAGUGCUCUGUAUUUAAUGCUCAACAUCUGUUGUUAUGUGGACACUGUUCUAUUCAUUUUGGUUACUGAAACUCAUUGUCUAGUACAUUCCUCAAGAAAAGUGCUUAGAAACAAUAUUUCCUGAACUGUUACAUGUGGAUAAGUUUUUGCACUUUGUACUUGAAAAUCAAUGUUGCUGGAUGUAAAAUGGGGCUAUAUAUAUUUUUUCCUGGAGCAUUUUAAAUAUAUAACACCAUUUUCUUCUGGAAAAUGGUGUUACCGUAGAAACAUCCAAAAAAAAAAAAAUUAAUUUUCCUUAUAAGUUAUGCUAUUUUUGCUUAGAUGCACAAUGUAUUUAUUUUUUUAACUUUAGUAAUUUUUCUAGAAUAUGCCUUGGUAUUGGUCAUUCUUGGUCAUUAUUAUCAGAUGCACAGUGCAGUACCUGAGAAUUGUGACCCUGACCGUCAAUACUGUAGCUAAGGAUACUGUUCCAGAAGCUUUUCAUAUGUGGUUUUAAAUAUAUUUUUUUUUUUUUUUAAUUUUAGGAAAAUCUUCUUGAAUUAUUGUUUUUACCUUCUGUUCUGUUCCAUAGUUGUAGUUUUCUUCUUCAGGAACUCCUGUUAUUCAUAUAUUGGAUCUUUUUUUGCCUGUGUUCAAUAUUUGUCAUUUUAUUUUAAGUAUAUUUUUAAAAGAUGAACAAUACAUUUUCUUUAAUGUAUCUCAUCUGCCUCAUUUAUACAUUCACUCAUCUUCAAAUUGUUUUUGUAACUUGUUAUGGUGGUAUUCAAUAGUAACAUAAGUAAGAAUCUAAUAAAUUUUCUACUAGAAUAAUUAAGGAGUGGGGGAUGAUUUUAGGAAAAAUUAUUUUUCUUAUACACUUUCUCUUAAAAAAGUGUCUGAAUAAAUAGGAGAACCUAGACAAAAGCUUUAUCCUCAGUGUGACUUUUUUUAGAGCAAGUUUUAUAAAGACAUUAAUAAUCAUAUUUUAACUUGACUAUUUGGUUAUCACAAUUUUAUAAAUUGAAAAAAGUGGAAACAAUGAAAGACACAAAUGCAUUUUAUUAUUUAUAAGUUAAAAAAAAUGAAAAGCACUGUCCUGAACUUUCUUGGAAUAUGUAAUCUUGUCCCCUUGAAGAGAGGAGGUAAUGUUGUAUUUUGUCUCUAUCCAAGUACUUUUUAGCACUCAGACCUGAAUUCAUGAGGAAUGGGAUUUCAACACAAAUUUAAAUCAUAACAACCUGUUGUACUCAGAAUUGCAUUUGAUAAUAGGCCAAAUUUAUCCAGUCAACCUAACCUUCCCUUAGUAUAACUUACUAGAAUCUCAGCAGCAUCCCACUCCAUAUCAUAUGGAGGAGAAUUACCUAGCCAAGCCCUGCCUGAAUUCCUGACUCACAAUAUUGUGAUAUAUAAUAAAAUGAUUGUUGUUUUAAGCUCUAAGUUUUAGGAUAGUAAGUUAUACAGCAUCUGGAACAGAGGCUAAGGACACAAAACGCAUAAGGUCCUAUCUAAGAUCACAUAGAUAUAUACUUAUAGCAGUGGAACAGAAACUCACAUUCUUGACUUGAGAAUGCAGUGUAUGGAACUGUAACAUACUUUCUUUAUAUGUUAUUUGAUUUUUAAAGGUUCAAAUAUUUUAAGAUGCACUGGAGUUGAGAAGUGCUUUAAAUUAAGCUCCUGGAUUCCAGUCACAGCUCUAGAAUUAACUUAUAUACUUUAACUUUAAAGAUAUAUUUGAAAAGAGUAUUAUAAAAACAGUAAAAAGUCAAGUAAAAUGGUUAUUUUUGGCCAUAUAAUAUUAGCUUAAAGCUUUGCAGUACACAUAGGAUUAUCUCAACAGAAAUCACCAGAUAUAUUUGCUGUGAAUAGUUGAGUAUCAUUAAAAUUUUCUGAUUUCUUAAUAUAUUUUGUUUGUGCUAGCACUUAUUGUCUAGGCUAAGGCAUAGGGAAAUUGUUGGGACAAAAAUGUUAUCUCUGGCCCAGAGGACACAUACCAUAUUUUUAUGCAAAUAACUUGCGAGUCAUAUGUUUUUAGCAAACCCCACAACUCGUGCAUUAUUUUCAUAGGCACUCUGUGCAUGUUGUGUGUGUGGACACGUUAUUUAUUUGGGCACAUGA